AUGACAAAACGCUCAGCCAACCCCUCCAGCCCCAAUCCCCCCAAACGGCGGGUCAAACCCACCAGCGUCGAGAAGCGCGAGUUCAAAGUCACGAAUCUGACAGAUGGCGAACAAGUCCACCAAACCUGCAUCGCCAUCCACGGCGAGUGCCAAAUAUUCGACUACGCAUACGAAACCAAUUUCGUGUCCGUUGCUGUGACCGAUAGCUUCAACAAAACCCAGCCAGUCCAAAACUGGCCACUGCAUAAGGGCCAGUGGAAGGCCCUCGCGAUGCUCGUCCCCGGCGCUAACAAGAUUAGCCUGAAACUGCACCAUGCCGGUGGGAUUCACGACUCGGUGCAGCUUUCGCUGAAUUAUAUCCCGCUUCUGCAAUUGCCGCCGCUCCAUCUGGCGAUUCUGGUCGCGCGCGACUCGCCGCUUUUAAUUGACUGUCCGCCGUCCAAGUACGGCGCUGCCUCGACAGCGCAUAGUGGUAUUGACGCGGCGAUUGCGAAGUUCCGUAUGGCCGCGUAUAUGUGGCAAGCCUUAACGGCGGAGGACCUUCGGCAAAAGGGCCUAGGCAGACGUGCUUUCCGGCUGGAUGAGGAGUGGGGUGUUGACACUACUAUACGGGCUGGACACAAUGGGGAGGAUUCCACAGGCUCAGUUCCAAAGGUGCACAUCAUCAGGUCGGAGAAGACAGUGGCUGAGCUUCGCGAUCCGCAGGUUGCACAGCAGAACCGCCGUGGUCGCGACCGGGAUGCAUUGCAUGGAUACUUUGAAGCUGCGCUGCUGAAAUCGGGAGCUCCGUUUGAGUCGAAGUCUCGGCCUGUUGUCGCCGGGAUGCUGCUGGACUCGCAUUAUGAUGCUGAGCACUCGCUGAUUCUGGGCCAUGCUGCGCUGGGCUGCCAUAAGCCUGAUGGUCUAUCUUUGGGUAUUUUCGGUAGUCAUCUCACUUACGCCUGGCCGCGGUUUCUGGAGGAAGUGCCUGCCUGUCUGACGGAUCUUGGGUAUCCUGGCGAUACUGUCGCUAACGAUAAUGGGGAAAGCAGCACCGCCAGCCAAGCUUGUUUCAUCGGUCAGGGCGCGUUUCUGCACGAGGUUGGCCAUGCCUUUGGUGCAGAUCACACAACAGGAAUCAUGGCCAGAGGAUACAACAAGUCCUGGGCGAUGAACUUCAUCGAGCACGAGAACAAUGACGGGCUAACAAAUAAGGCGAAGUGGGAUCUAAGCGACGUCCUCAGAUUCAAGUUGCUGCCGCAUUUCGCACUUCCUGGAGAUGAGUAUCCUGUCUCCAGCGAAUUCAAAAAUGCUACUAUCAGCAUUGAGGCCGACUCCGAGACACACACUGGCCUGGCCGAUGAAGGCUCUGAGGAUUCCGAGCUAGACGCCAUACUCAAGAUAUCCUGCAAAGCCGGACUCGCGCUCGUUAAAGUCCAGAACGGCCUGAAUGAUCCCAAGGAGUACAACUUCGUCAAUGAGGAAGGGACAUACGGCCCUCCGUCAACCAUGCACAUCAACACGACCAUCGAACAGUUUGACCGUUGUCAGCAACUAUACAUCACAGCUCUCGGGAUGAACGGUAAAGAACGGAUAGUCUCAAAUGCCUGGAAGCUCCUGCAACAGAAGCCCUACAUCCGGAUCCCGGGAAGCGACGUGGUUCUGCGCAAACAAUCAGUGGCCUCCGACAACUUCCAAGAAGGAGACGUUGACCGGUUUAUCACAUGGGCUGUGCUCCUUAAAUACCGCUCAAAGAAGGAUGGCGAAUUGUAUCGCGCGACAUCCAUUGACCUCCGUGUGGGAUGUACCAUGGACGGUGCAGUCGUUCACUAUGAAGAUGGAACUCAUCAGAAUUGCGGGCCUGCGCGCAAUGAGCAACAAGGAGGAGAACAUCAUUUCGGUGGGCACGCUUCAGAGGACCACGAUAUUCCUGAUGGGCAAACUAUUUCCGAAGUGGUACUUUCUAGGACCAGGAAGGGGUGGGGAAGUCUAUCCGGGAUUCGGAUGGCGCUGAGCGACGGUGAUGAAUGGGGAUGUCUUAACGAAGAUUGGGACGAGGAUGAUGAUGAAAGCGAACAAGCGGAAGAUGAGCCUGUUGUUACACUUCAACCGGGGCACGAUGAGGAGAUUGUGGGCUUCUUUGGGCAGAGUGACCGCAAUUCAGGAUUCACACAUCAGUUUGGUAUUUUGACGGCUCCCAAGGGUGUCGACCUGCCGGAUGUCGUCUAUGAUAUGCCGGAGUUGAACAAUUUAUAG